AUGUCGAAACCAAUGGGACUCCUAUGGCUGCCUUUGAUCUUCACCCCAGUGUGUGUCAUGUUGAAUUCUAACUUCCUCCUAUGGAUAACUGCACUGGCUAUAAGAUUUACUCUCAUCGAUGGCCAAGCACAAUACCCAGUUGUUACCACGAAUUAUGGCAAAAUACGUGGUUUAAGAACACCUUUGCCCAAUGAGAUCCUUGGUCCAGUGGAGCAGUACCUGGGUGUUCCUUAUGCCUCUCCUCCAACUGGGGAAAGGCGAUUUCAGCCACCGGAGCCACCGUCGUCUUGGACGGGUGUCCGCAACGCCACACAGUUUGCCGCUGUCUGCCCACAGUACCUGGAUGAGAGGUCACUGCUCAACGACAUGCUGCCAGUCUGGUUUACAGCCAAUCUGGAUACUGUGGUGACAUAUGUUCAAGAUCAAAAUGAAGACUGCCUAUAUUUGAAUAUCUAUGUGCCCACAGAAGAUGGAGCCAACACAAAGAAAAGCGCAGAUGAUAUAACCAGUAAUGAUCGUGGUGAAGAUGAAGACAUUCAUGAUCAGAACAGCAAGAAGCCCGUUAUGGUCUACAUCCAUGGUGGAUCUUACAUGGAGGGUACUGGCAAUAUGAUUGAUGGCAGCAUUCUUGCAAGUUAUGGAAAUGUCAUUGUUGUCACUCUCAAUUACAGGCUGGGUGUUUUAGGUUUUUUAAGUACUGGCGACCAAGCUGCAAAAGGCAAUUAUGGAUUGCUUGACCAAAUCCAAGCCUUACGGUGGAUUGAAGAAAAUAUUGGAUCUUUUGGAGGAGACCCAAAAAGAGUUACUAUUUUUGGAUCUGGGGCAGGAGCUUCCUGUGUCAGUCUCCUGACACUCUCUCACUAUUCAGAAGGUUUGUUCCAAAAGGCAAUCAUACAGAGUGGAACAGCCCUGUCCAGCUGGGCAGUGAACUACCAGCCUGCCAAGUACACUCGGAUAUUGGCAGAUAAAGUGGGCUGUGACAUGCUGGAUACCACUGAUUUGGUUGAAUGUCUUCGGAAUAAGAAUUACAAAGAACUAAUUCAACAGACCAUCACUCCAGCCACAUACCACAUUGCCUUUGGGCCCGUGAUAGAUGGAGAUGUGAUUCCAGAUGACCCGCAGAUUCUCAUGGAGCAAGGGGAAUUCCUUAACUAUGAUAUAAUGCUGGGUGUGAAUCAAGGGGAAGGUUUAAAAUUUGUUGAUGGCAUUGUUGACAAUGAAGAUGGUGUUUCCCCCAAUGAUUUUGACUUUUCCGUCUCCAAUUUUGUGGACAAUCUAUACGGUUAUCCAGAAGGGAAAGAUACACUGCGAGAGACCAUUAAAUUCAUGUACACUGACUGGGCAGACAAAGAAAACCCCGAAACAAGACGGAAAACUCUGGUCGCUCUUUUUACAGACCACCAGUGGGUUGCUCCAGCUGUUGCUACCGCUGACCUGCAUGCUCAGUAUGGAUCUCCAACAUAUUUCUAUGCAUUUUAUCACCAUUGCCAAAGUGAAAUGAAACCCAGCUGGGCUGAUUCAGCUCAUGGUGAUGAAGUCCCUUAUGUGUUUGGGAUUCCUAUGAUUGGCCCCACAGAACUGUUCAACUGCAACUUUUCCAAGAAUGAUGUCAUGCUCAGUGCAGUAGUUAUGACGUACUGGACUAACUUCGCCAAAACUGGAGAUCCAAACCAGCCUGUUCCACAGGACACAAAGUUCAUCCACACAAAACCCAACCGCUUUGAAGAAGUGGCCUGGUCCAAAUACAAUCCUAAAGACCAGCUUUAUCUGCAUAUUGGCCUGAAACCCCGAGUUCGUGAUCACUACCGAGCAACAAAAGUUGCUUUCUGGUUGGAGCUCGUACCGCACCUUCACAACCUGAAUGAAAUAUUUCAGUAUGUUUCCACAACAACUAAAGUCCCCCCUCCUGACAUGACAUCAUUUCCUUAUGUGACACGACGUUCUCCUGGUAAAUUGUGGCCAGCCACAAAACGCCCAGCAAUGACACCUGCCAACAAUCCGAAACAUUCAAAAGACACCCAUAAAACAGCUCCGGAGGAUACAACAGUUCUGAUAGAAAACAAGCGAGAUUACUCCACGGAGCUGAGCGUCACCAUUGCUGUGGGGGCAUCCUUGCUGUUCCUCAAUAUUUUAGCUUUUGCUGCGCUGUAUUACAAGAAGGACAAGCGGCGUCAUGAGACUCACAGGCGCCCUAGCCCCCAGAGGAACACAACCAACGAUAUUGCACACAUACAAAAUGAAGAGAUUAUGUCAUUGCAGAUGAAACAGCUAGAACAUGACCAUGAGUGUGAAUCAUUGCAGGCCCAUGACACACUGAGACUAACCUGUCCGCCUGACUACACACUUACUUUGAGAAGGUCCCCAGACGACAUCCCGCUAAUGACACCCAACACCAUAACCAUGAUUCCAAAUACAUUAACAGGAAUGCAGCCUUUGCAUACUUUCAACACCUUCAGUGGAGGACAAAACAGUACAAAUUUGCCCCAUGGACAUUCAACCACUAGGGUAUAG